AUGGCUCCGGAAUCAUUAACACGAACUCCAGUUUACUCAUCUAAAUCCGAUAUUUGGUCGUUUGGCAUUGUAGCUUACGAAAUAUUCAGUUGUGGUCAGAAGCCAUGGCCUGAAAAGCCGGUGAAAUGGAUUGCAACAAAAAUUCGAAAAGGAAUAACAGCAGAGAUGCCAAAACGAAUGCCCCGACUAAUUCGGGAGAUUAUCGCUGAAUGCUUUCAUUUUGAACCCGAACAGAGACCUACAUUUAGACAAGUGAGUAGCAGAAUUCAUUUGGUGCAAGGAAUACGCUUCAUUCCACCGCAUCCACUUUCAAUGUCUCUAGCACGUAUUAAAAAUGUUAAGCCAACGAGAGUGCUCGUGAAGGAUCCGGAUGCAAUUCUUGUGGAAUUUGAGAGCAUGAUUGAUAAGAUUGUGGAUUUGGACGACGAAUGGGUUAGUUGGUUUAUUGUUUUUUUUUUAAUACGUUUUUGCAUAACAUGCAAAUGCAAAAACGUAUAUUGUCAAGAUAAUCAUUCGUUUGUGUUUGUGUGUGUGCUCGGAAGCGAGUGA